AUGCGACGAACCAUUCAAAAGCUCUUUUGCUUCUCACGGGCCUCCAAGGUGCCUGGCACCGACCAGUCGCCCGAGGUACCUCCACGUAGCGUGACAAUCAAAUCAAUUCCGAGCACUCCCGUCAUCACAGUCCCUCUUCCUACCUCCCAGUUCGCGGCUCAUGACCAGACUCAGGCUGGCUGCAACAGCCCACCACCGGCAAUUCCAUCAAUCAGAGCGAGAGCCAACAUCACUUGUGCAUCUUCUUUGGACAGCUCUUUUGCAGAGUCUGCUCUCGCGUCCACCACAGGAGCCUGUGAUAACUCUUCCGUGACCUCCGGCACAAACAGCAGACUCGAAGACAACUCAUCUCUCCCAGAUGGGUUCCGCUCUGUGUGUGGCUUGCAGCUUGACCGUAGGCCCACGCCGCCACCCAUAUCGUUCAAUGGCUAUGGCUCUUUUGGGGGCCGGUUCGCGCCCGAAUCCAUCAUCGGAUUCCUCGACGAGCUGACUCGUGCCUUUGAGUCGGCCAUCUCGGAUCCUUCUUUCUGGAAAGAGUUUGCCAGCUUCGACCGGACUCAGAAUUCUUCUCUGCAAUUGGCCGUUGGCCGGGGAGCUCAGAUUUGGCUCAAGCGUGAAGAUCUCAACGAAUACGGCAGCCACAAGACCCGCAAUAUCAUCGGCCAACUGUUGCUGGCUCGCAGAAUGGGCCGUGCAGAAGUGGUCACCGAUUGUGCCUCGGCCAAGCAUGGCACCUUCACGGCGGCAAUGUGUGCUCGCUUGAAUCUGCGGUGUGUGGUGGUCAUGGGUGCAGAUGACGCACAGUCGCAGAGCGAAGAUGUUCUCGAGAUGAAGAUGCUCGGGGCCAAGAUUCUGACCGCGCGCACCCCGUCCGGCAUGGGCACGCUGCGCGCCGCCAUCACAGAGGCUCUCCGCUAUUCGGUCUGCAACCAUGAGACUGCAUACUAUCUGAUGGGUGGGCCGGUGGGUCCUAACCCCAUCCCAACCUUAACACGCACCUUCCAACAGCGAAUGGGCGAAGAGGUCGCGAUCCAGAUGCAUCAAGAGACUGGACGCCAGCCCGAUGCUCUCAUUGCCGCCGUUGGUAGUGGUGCAGGUGCCGUGGGCCUAUUCCGACCUUUCCUUCAUAACCCGGCUAUCCGUCUGAUAGGCGUCGAGAGUGCAGGAGCAGCCACGCUGACCGAGGGCUCGAUGGGUGUUCUCCAGGGUGCGCGAACCUUGAUGUUGCAGAAUGACGAUGGGCAAAUCCUCGACUGUCACUCGAUCUCACCUGACAUGAACCUCUCAACGGUGGGGCCUGAGCUGGCUUAUUGGAAGGAGAGUGGUCGCGUUCGAAUUCGGACUGCCACGGACGCGGAAGCCCUGGACGGGUUCAAAACCUUACAACACCAUGAGGGCAUCUUGUCCGGGCUGGACUCGAGUCACGCUGUGCUGAAAGCCAUUGAUCUGGCAAAGGAGCUGGGGCCAGGGAAGAACCUCGUGCUAUUGGUCACGGGUUGUGACUCGAUCGACAUGCGUGCUGCAAUGGAGUGA